AUGCAUGCAGUGGAAGUACUACCACAGCGCGAUGCAGAUGCUGUCGCUGAAUUUAUCGAGAAGCCGUGUGGUGCGCUAGCAGCGAAGAUGAAACUUCUCCAGGAGAGCCCGUGUCUCUAUGAUUGGACACGGUCUUGUUCAGCAUGCUCACCAUGGUCGUGGUGUUCAUUUGCAUGUCCGAGCACACGGCGAGCACUCGGAAGAACAUGCCUUCCACGACCUGGGUCGUUCGUUCUUUCUGCGUGGUUACUCGUUCUCUGGUUAGCGUGUUCUUCAAGCAACUUUCUGUUAGUCGCGGCAUUGCAAGAAACGAUAUUUGCGGAAGUAGGUGGCUCGAGGACGAAACUCAAUGUCACGCUCGGUGCACCGGAGUUCCGGGUGCAUCCAGGCUUCAUGGCUGCCAACGUGACAGUGAGCUGCCGGUAUCUGGACACGGCGUCUCUGACACUCUCGCUAGAGGGGAAUACCAGUCUCCGCGUCCUGCGUCGGGGCUUCGCGGACUGGCUGAAGCAGGGCUUGGAAGAAAGUACUAGUGCUUCUGACGCGGAUAGAAGAAAGGUUCACUACGGCGAUCUUGAGGUCACGCUGCACCGCGAAUACGCCUAUCACCCUGCCGUGAAGAAAGAGGAAGAGCAUGAUGGGAAUCGUCACGACAGGGAAGCGGCAAUCGCGACGGAAGCUCCACACGCCAAUCCCGAUGGUGGCAUGCACGAAAACCAUAACACAUCAAGUACCACGACAGCAGUGCCUAGAGGACGUGACACGAGUACAAUUGGUCAAGAGACUGUUGGAUUGUCUUCAUCGUCAACACGAACAGCAAAAAUGGACUUACCGGCAAGUGAUAGGAGUAGCUCUACUUCCAAAAGGGAAAAGGCAACCAACAACGCAGAUGCCAGUGGGCAUAGACAAGGGUCCACUGGAGAUCAAAAGCGAAAGGAACUGCGUUCUAGUGCGACGAUCAGUGUCGGCGCUGCCAGCCUCAGCCCUGAAGUCGUGAAGAGACUACAGUGUCUUCCACGCGAUGAGGACUGUAGGAAGCAGCUCUCAAAAAUUCUGAGCGAGACGCAGAUUACUGGAGACGCGAAAGAAGACGAGAAAGAGGAAAACUCUGCAUCCACUUUCAAGAGCGGCAGUUCUUCAAUUGGACAGGGAAACCGCACCGCAAUAGACGAUGAUGCAGACGAGUCAGUAACGACGAGAACCGAUAGUGCGGAUGCAAGCGACGAAGAAGGCGAUGUAGGCGCAGUAAAUACCGACGACGGGCCUCGAUCGCGGAGGUCAGGAGAAAGGCGUGUCAAGCACGAUGCGUCGGAAAAAAUGAAGACCACGAUGCGCAAUAAAGAUAGCGAUCACGACGACAGCAAUAAUGUGUGGGACCCGUUUGGUCUCACGACUGUUACUCUCGUUUCAGCGCGGGAGUUGAAAGUGCUUACUGCAGGUCGCGUGAAAGUAUCUUACGGUCUGGCGCCGUGCACGCGCUACUUGACCGGCAGAGGCAGGCUCGACUUCUCGGCUAGCAACAUGCUGGAUGGCAGGGAUGUCACUACUCUUCAUGGAACUGGAAGUAAAAAAGGACGUACUACACAGGUGCUUCACGGCCACAACCUAGAGGAAUUGCUGGUGAUUCCGUUGCGUGUGUGUGACAUCAUCCUCGGCGCCAGCCUCAAUCUGGAGAUUGAACAGGUCGAGGCCAAAUCUGAGAGCCGAACAGUCGAAAUCGCAAUUGGUUCGCAGACGAAAUCCACCCGGCCCUUUCGUGCGGUCUGCCCGGUCGAAAUCGAAGAAGACGAAGACGCGAGUGAUGCGGCAUCCGCAUCGGCAGCAGCGUCUUCUGAUAGCGUUGCAGACGCUCCGUCCUCGAAAAGUCACGCUACCAAAGGCGCAGGCAAGGACCAGCCAUCUUCAGCUACUGAUGCCGAUGCUGUGCUAAGGCGCGCGUCGAGCCUUUCCCUGCUCGAUUUCUCGGAGAAGGGAGGUGAUAGUAACUAUGCGGGCUUCAUUCCAGGGCUGAGUCAGCGGACACCGCCAAUGGCGGUGGGCCACUCGCUGACCACUGUUGGUCCCUACCUGGUGCACUUCGGAGGGCGAACAGAUAGCGGAGCUCUGUCAAACCAGCUGUGGGCACUGAGUCCUUCCACGCUCCGGUGGCAGAAUCUGGACCAGACUUUCGGUAUCUGGGUCGCAAAGCCGACCGCGAGAUACGGCCACGCGGCGGCGGGAACGGCAGACGGACUGCUAGUCGUGCUCGGUGGGCGGUCCGAGCACGACUAUCUGCGCGACGUAUGGGCGAUUCGACUGCCGUCCGAGGAAAUGAACGACGCCUCUUCGUCAGGAAACAGCGGAGACGGCCAGGAGAACGCCGGUCUCUUGCCUGCAACCACCUCCUCAGCAACUGCGAGUGCACGGGGAGCCGGGCACGGCCUGUUUCGCUGGCGCCAGUUCGGCGAAGUUCCAAACAGGUUUCGACUUUCCCACUUCCUUUCCAGCGUCGUAUUGGGUCAGCACAGAUGGCUCUUGUGUGGCGGUCAAGCUGAGGAUGGUACGCUAAGCAACGAGAUUUGGCAAGUGAAUCUGAAACCUUUGCUGGCAACGUUUUCUUCUACGCGAAAUGACGACGAAGGCGAUGGUCGAGGCGUUGCAGAUGCCGCCGCUGCUCCUGUAUUAGAGCACCUGUUUGAGCGGCUGGUUGAAGAGGGUUCGGGCUCCAGACCGCGGCGUCGUGUAGGUCAUUCCCUAAGCGCAUGCAACAAGCGUCCGCUGGCACUGCUGGCUGCACCACUGAAAGACUAUGCUCCUGCUCAGGCUGCACAAGAAGCAGAAGAAACUCGAGAGAGCGGGUCCUGGGGACAUGCAGAGGAGCACGAUCUAGGAGGCGUUUUGCUUUACGGCGGAUUGAGUGAGUCAGGAGGAAGCAUCGAGCUUCUGAACGACAUGUGGUAUUUCGACUACCUCUGGAGAACGUGGUUCAAGAUCGAGCAUCCUGCGGAGAAGGCACCGGCCGUUGCUUUUCACUCCGCGCGACUGGUGGGAGGAAGGGCGCUUGUGAUCGUCGGUGGCUUUUCUUCUAGUACUUCAAGUGGAUUCAUAGUAUCACCGGACACAUGGACGAUCAACUUUUCUGCUGCUACACAGGACACUACUCAAGAACCAUCUGCCGGCACGAGGCGCGACCGCAAGGAAGAUGAGGAUAAAGUAUCUAGUAGUAGUUCGGAGACGGGCAAAAAAAAUGUGGAGGAGAGGCUUCACAAGCCAUCAUCUAGUGCCAAGACGGCAGAAGCAAGCGAUGGCGAGGACAGCCAGAGGGAUGCAAACCACGAUCUCGGAUCAGAAGGAGCUUCAACACAGAAAUCACAGGAGGAGCAACAGGUUAGUGAGGAAGAUGAAGAUAGUGCUACGAGCUCAAGUGCGGCUCCGAAAGAGAGGAGUCAAAGUCGUGCUGGUACGACAUCAUCGAAUAGGGACGAGUCGACUCCUGCUCGACAGCUUUCUGCAAUAGGUGGCGAGUCUUCAUCUACUGCAGUGCGUUGGCGCAAACUUGCACGAGGCGGCCCUGAUAAUAGUUUUGGUGGAAUAUUAAGUGGCACGUCCUCCGGAGACGAAGUGAGAGAGGAGGAGCUGCGUUUGGAUCCCCUUGAACUCCAAUAUCGUCCACCAAAGGUGGACAGUGGCAGAUCCUGGUUUCCGAAUCCAUUUGCAUCAACCUCCGGAGACUCCGGCAAAGACGGAAGUGCGUCUUCAGGCACAGGCGGAAGCUUCUCUUCUGGCCAGAGCUCGGGGUCGUCGUCGCACGGGCACGUCCAAUAUUUCGAAGCGGCAAACACGCUAAGCGGUUUGGGGACAGUCGCCGUGGGGGCAACUUGCUACUGGCCAGCCGUGGGGCGUUUGGUCGUGCAUGGUGGACUGACCUCCGCGGAGCCGUUUCGGCGCUGGCACACGACCGCGGAGGAGACGGCGGUGGCGUCAGGCAGCGGCUACGUCGGUGUGGGGAGUGGCGCGGGCUACAGUCUGACACCUUUUCUCGCGAGGGAGUGCAGCUUUGACCCGCAGUCGAGCAAGGUUUCCGGUCCUUCGUCAUCCCUCGAUUUGAAGCCUUUUCUCAGCACAUGGACCGUAAUCGCGCCCUUUUCCCCUGUAUGCGAAGGCAGCAGCAGUUCCGAUGAAGAUCUCGGGCCAUGCCUUCCAUGCGACAGCGGGAGCGUGCUGACGGGCGGUCACGGAACAGGGCUUUCAAACGCGGGCCUCGUCUCGCUCCCCUACACAAGUGGUCUUCGCGCGCCGUGGGCGACGCAUCAACGUCAGAGCCCGUUGGACGACCGCAGAGGAGCCCAGUGUUUGCCUUGUCCGGCAGGCACAAUCGCGAUCGACGGGACUUGUCUCGCCUGUCCUGUUGGCUUCCAUGGUCCUCUUCGAGGCAUGACGGACAUUUUGAUGUGCAUUCCUUGCGAUGGUGACACCUUUUCAGACUCGCCAGGAACGGCCUCGUGUGAGCCAUGCGCAAGUACUAGCUCGUCUUCGGGUGGCGGCAGCGGCAGUCGUAAUAGAGAUGCCGCGUCUCAAACGAAGAAUCUAAAGGUUGUCCAGCAAGAACGCGAACAGUUGACAUCUCGGCGCCGCGUCUUGUUUCCCUCAUCCUCUCGUUCUAUCAUUUCUGCAGUUUCAUCGCUUCACCCAAGCCCAACACGCGUUGAAAGCCAAAGCACGCAAGUGGACAAGCGGAAGCUCCUCAGUGCACGACACAUCAAACGGAACGAACGAAUACGUGCAAAACACAUCACGGGGAUCAUUUUUUCAAACCAGUGUCCGCUAAUGGCGUCUAAUCCAUUCCAGAAACAGAGCGUGGGUAGAGUUCGCGAGCAGAAUGCACCGCAUGGAGACCCAAGCCUCCAGACUCACGCGUGGUGGCAACGCGUUACGCUUGCGGUAGGGGUUUCAGUGUAUGGAAAGGCAGUUUGGCAUACCCCCUAAUAAUCAUGGUAAUUGUUCCAGGAUAAAGAUUUUCCGGGAUAUAGAUUUUCUAGAAGCUCUAUGCUGCAUUGAAGGUCGAAAUUAUUCUUUUACCGCUAAAAAGGGUUUUGCCCCGCCAAUAGGCUAAUAGGUCUCAGUAUUCGGGACACCAUUUGAUGAUAAUGCCGUUAUGAGGUCGUAUAAAAAUAUCCACCUGUAGAAGCUUUCAUGCACGAACGAGCUUUCUCGUGUUGGUGCUGCUUUUGGUGCACGUGAAGAUCCCGCGACGAACUGCGCGACUGUUGCGGCGAGUGGAUAUGCGGCCUAUUACGGGCAGCAUUGUGCCCUCGGAACAGGGCGGCAUUAUUUUCCUCAUGUACGCCAUCGUUGCAGUCUGUGUCCUCUUUUUCAUGCUGGCGCGACAUCACUUUUAUGAACAAAACAAAAACAGAAAGGCUGAGCUUUGUCAAAAGCUACGAUGAUCUGCACUAUUUGUUUUUUGCCUGGUCACGACCAUCUUUGAUUACCACAACGUCAGAUUGAUAAUAAGUUAUAGGCAGAUCAGAACUGGUUGCUGUAAUGACAAGUUCAGUAGAAGCCCGCUGCUGGGUGCUUGUUCAUAUUCGUGGGAAUCGCGUAUUAACAUCGAUGGCGAUUCCUGGGGAGGAGGAAGUAGGUCGAGGUGUAGACGAGAUCAAGGCGAAUUUUCGCGUGACUGCAGUUUUGGACGGUUACGUCGGACCUUGCGUAGCUGGCGACAGAGGUGCUUUCGCGCAGGCCUUUAGCGACGUUGCUUCGUCGAGUGAAGGCGCCGUCACUAAGGUUGGCUCUUCAGCCGGUGGUGAUACGAAAAAUGCUGGUGCAACUACAACAAGUGCGUUCGAAAAUGAUGGCGGCAGAAGUAUAGAUGAAGGAGAUCAUGGGUUGCAGGGAAAUGAGGCGAAAAUGGAGCAGAUGCAACGAGCACGGAGAAGACUUGAGAGCUUUUCCAGCGCUGCCUCGGAAGAGCACGGAUCGCUCCAUUUAAAAGACCAAGACUCGCAUAUUUACGCAUCGGCUGAUGCACUAGCAGAUGGUAGGUCGAUAGACAUUCUUGAUUCUUCAGAAGGGGUUUCCUCGGUUGCUGCUUCGGGACGUAGGUUGAGUGGAUCUUCGACUAGCACAGAUGAAGAUUUUACAACAUCUUCAAGCGAUCAUGGUAGCUCCUCAACAAGGGAAGACACAACAAGCACUGACACAAGUAACUCACCGAGCACGACACAAGCAAGUUCCUCGUGGAUCAUCUCUGAUGCGUGUCAUUCUGGUAUUCACGUUGCCGUCGAAGGCUUCUCGUCGGAAUACGGGGUCCGUUGUGCGCAGGUUGCCCCUCAGCAGUGCAGUGUGGAAAUGUUCUGCCCAUCGUGCACGAUCGACGUAGAAGGCAAUCGACUUGCUAAAAUGUGGGUGGACGUGGACUUUUCGGAGGCAAGUCGAAACUCCCUGGCUGCAUUCACAGCGGCGCGUGAGAUCCGCUGGUCGCUGUCCAUACGAUGGCUCGAGCAUCGUAAAAGCGAGGAGCGCCAGGAAGCGGACGCGUGGUCCGCGAUUUCCGCGAUAGAGGGUGGCAGUGCAUCUAGUGCCGACGAGGUGGACAAGGGGUUGCAAAGCGAUGGAGGUGCGAUGGGACGCAGCGACAGCGAGAACGGAGCUGCAUCUGGAUCUACUUCAGGGCAUCACAGUUGGAACGGACAGAAUGGGGAGGAUGCAGGCAGUCAGGCAGCAUCUUCGGAUAGAGGAAGUAGUAGAACUGCUUCUACAUCUAGUCAACGUUUGCGGACGGAGGCUUUUUCGAGAGUGGACGUUUCGGUAGCGCCAGCCGGCAACGAUCGCGCACUGCGAGGCGCAGCGCCUAGUCGCGUUCGGAUAGCACUAGUGCCGACUGAUUAUCGGGAUUUAAUCCAGAAUUUGCAACUAUUCGGCUUCGUAGCGCAAUUUGUUGGGCAGACAGAGCGCGGAUCCUUUGUUUCCUCGGGGUCGGCGUUUUAUGAGAAGCCGCCAGUAGUACGAAGUGAAAUGGUGCUAGACGUCAGCCACACAGGAUAUAAGCUAGUGUUGAGCAGAAAACGAACGUUCUUCGACGUCUGCAGCAUGCUUCUCGGGUGCUCAAGCCAUGAUAAUUCAACUUGUUCUUACUACAGUCAGAGUAAAGACAACUACGCGAAGAGUCACAUGAUUUGUCUAGUUGGUUUAUAUCUUUGGUUGGACAUCAUGAACAUAAUUGGUCUUGGAUGUUAAACGAAAAAAGCCAUACAGGUUUCUUUCGGGUAUGUCGCUUAUAGCUCGAGUUGUCACAGCGAUAUGGACCCAGCACCAUCGACUGUGGGGCGUCAACGCUAUAUGUGGCGCGCGCAAUCCAUUUCUCUAUUACCUUGCAGUGGUACUUAAAAACUAAGAGGUCAAGAGCAAGACUCAAUCAUAAUGAUCAUGCAUGCUUCACCUUGCAGUGGUACUCGCUUCGAAGCCAGAAAAUUAGGAUUCAGUCAAUUGGAAGAAUGAGGGUUCGAUUUUGAAAUCCUUUGAAUUUGUAGGUCCGAUAGUGCUCGAACAUUAGCAUACUUCUCUCUGUUCGUAUCCGAUUUGUUAUUGCCGCCCCUCUGAUGUCCAUUUCUCCCAUCCCAGGUGUGUUGUUUCUGGUUGAAAGACCUUGAUUACGACGAUGAUGAGGUGCUGACACUGGCGCCGGACAGCCCUCAUUCGUUCCAUCCCAGCAAGUCGCCUGGCAUUUUGAGCCUAGGGAGUCAUCCGGUGGAAUCACUGGACCUGAAAAGCGCAUUGAAGCAUCAACAUAGUGGACCUAGCGGAUCCCUGCAAUUGCAGCCCCCAACUCCCAUUAUGGCCCCCCAUGAAAUAAUUUACUGUAUGAUUACUUGACUAGUUAUUAAGCUGUUUGUGUUAUUUCGUUCUUUACAUAGAAAUACGGAGUAGAAGCAUCCUUAACGAGUUCUCAAAUCCUGUCUGGACAUAUUUAUGUUACCAGCUGGAGUCUGUCGAAGUACAGUGAGAACUGGAUGCCAUACUUGCUUCUCUGUCGUCGAAGACAUCAGAUCGUUAUGUCUGAUUGAAAGAUCCAGCCAUGGGUAAGGAGCGUAGUUGUCAGAGGCCUCAAUAUUAGCCAAUAACUUUAAUUCAAUUAUUCUUGAACGUGAACAAGUUUGGCCUCUUGUGCGCUCCCCUGUCGGGUUCAAGACUCUAUCAAAGCUAAGGCGAGUUCCUCCGGCCUCGCUGUUUUAUAUGGCUACUAGUUUUCAGAAGGUCGCAUUCUCGACCGUUUUAUAUGGCAGAUCUCCAGCGAGUGCCUGGCUCGCCAUAGCUUUUACUAAGACUUCGGGGCCUAACCCAGUCAGGUCGGAUCUUGUUUAACGAAACACAUCUACUAGUUAGGCAUUGUCCUCUAAGUCCCUGUUGGACUUUUGAGGUUGUGAUAAGACCUUUUAUUUAGAUUUGAUUGUUGAGGUCAGCUUAGUCGAUUUGUCGCUAAGCAGACCAAAGUUUACAGGCCUUUGGCCUUCUACAUCAGAAUCUGCGAGCGUGGCAUCUAGAUGGCCGCGAGUUGUUCUUGGAUUUUGUCGCUCUGACAUAAUGCUUUAUCCAUGGCUGGGAAGGUUUGGGGAUAAAGUUGCUUCCCACCUGUCGUGGAAUCUCUUGACAUGACUAAUACUCUCUGAGUAAAGAUAUUUUGACGUUCGCAGUAGCUCCUCGUCUAAUCUGUGCCCAGGAGGAGGAUACCACUAUCAAGCGCUGCCGGUGUCUUUUAGUAAGGACACGCCAGGUGGAACAACGACACCGAGCAGAAUGGAGAUGGGCCUCACACCACGAAUUGAUCAACUUCAACACUCCAAAGGUGCGCCUUCGUCUCGUGAUCAGACUGCCCGGCGCAAGGACGCUUCCCUAGUGUCCGACGGUGACUUUGUGUGGUAAAAUAUUAUGUAUUGGGGAAGCCUCGUCCGUGACGUGGUAGAAGAUCAAACAUGGGACACAUGACAUGAUGCUUGGGUUAGACUAGACUACACAAAAGCUACAAUUGUGGUGAAACAAAUCGUCGUCUUGAUAUUUCAGAAGACACCGGACGAUGCCUCAUGUUGUCAACCGCGCAUUUUUUGUUCAUGCACUUGCUGCCAAGCACUAGCUUCCAGCAGAUCUGCGUCAGGGUCAUUUGGUAAACGAACAAUUACAGAAUCACUAGGUUGUGCAAGAUUCUCUUUUCCAAUUCUAAAUAGACGUGCCCUGCUGCGCAGGCGGCAUGCAAAAAUAUUUUUUUUUUCUAUACUCCUUUUGCAUCAAUUUUUCAUGCUAACGUGUACGAAAUUGUUUAUCCUUUGACAGCGAGGACCCGAGCAGGGGUUCGCGAAGUCGAGCCCAAGCGUGACCUUGGCAUUAUAACUUACACCCGAAAGGAACUAGAAGAUGGAAGUGGGUGUCACGCCACACUGCAGGUUUUACCUAAGAUGGAACUUUGUCUUUGUGAUGUGGGUGCUGUGUCACACUGC